AUGGAGGGGGAUAUCAGCUCAUCGGCAUUCGUAUGCGGUUUCACUGCUCACCGUGCUCAUCCGCUCUCUCCAAUUUCUGACAUUCGUGACUUGUGUGUCCCACGCACCUCUACUCCCUCUGCGUCGAGUCACGCUCUCGCCCAGGCGCUGUCGUUCCCACGACGCCCACUCCCGCAUCGACUUCUUGCCAGCUGCCUCCUCAUCACCACCACCAAUCGUUUUCAAGCGCACUGCUCACGCUCGGCUGCGACCCAGCCCCCCCCCCCGUUACCGUGUGGAACAACAACAGAAAGAGAAUACGGCUGGGACGGUUUAGCUGUGUUUCUUAGCGCCGACAGUCGCGUCUUUCGUUCUCCCUUUAGCACGAUUGUAUCUCGUUUUUCCCCUUUCGUCGCCGCGAUGAGUGAUCGUGACGUACCGGCCUCGAUGACGAGGACCUGCGCGCCACCUAAGGCUCACUUCCUCUUCUGCUCCACCGACGCACGUAAUGCGGCUCCUGCUAGCAACGGUGAUGUGGCGAAGCUGCCCGCGCCAAAGAAGCCCAUUUCGGCUCCGCUCACGCCUUUUCAAUCCCCGGUGGACACGCACCGUGAUCGUCAUUCUAGCCGCCACGCGUCACCGCCGCGUCAGCUGGGACGCCCGCUUCCGCCGACGCAGCCGAGCUUCAGCGAUGUUGCAAAGCGUAUGGGCUCCUUCAACGACAUGUGCGAGGCGAACUCGUUGUUGAGCUCCCACGUGCGCUUAGGCGAGAUGUCCACUCUGGGCAUCUCUGCAAGCACAUCCACCAUCCCCGCUGGCUCCAGUGGCAGCACCACCUCACUCCACUGGCUUCGCAUCGCAGAGGAUCGCGUCAUGCCACAUCCGAGCAGCACCAAGCCAGCGCCGGCGGCUCUGCAGCGAAAUGCGGAGUACGUGCUCGAGCGGUGGGUGGAGCAGAAGGUGCAUCGCACCGCCGCCAUGGAUGACGCCAUGAUGAAGGUGGCUGCCGCUUUUGAUGAGCUAUACGCCUAA